AUGGCAUGGACACCACCUCCGGUCGGAGAUGUCAUCGAGACUGUGACUAUAGACGGCUUAACGAAGUGUGGUACAAUUGAUCGGGCCGAGAUCUCCAAUACAAAGCUCAUUGCAUCCUAUAAUUGGGUCGAAGAUUCCGUGCCUAAGAUCAUGGUUCCAGGCAAACCUCCAAGAUGGACACCCCUCACCCAGCCUCGAAAGCUUCCCCAAGAUACGGGCGACUUUUACCGCGACAUCAAUGCGGCGGCCUAUGCCAGCCACCCUUUGGAACCAGCCAUCGUGUCCAUCAUGAGGAUGAAUCCGGAGCCGAUGCCAGUGAACCUUGUUGCUUGCGGGAGCACAAUCGGAGGCCUAUUGCGGUUCUCCAGGGGUGAGGGUGACACCCGGCCAUUCCGGAUGUUCGUUGAGGUCGUUGGAGACACGGUGCACUUGAUCCGCAGGGAGAACAAUCCCAAGGAGCUAAUCCCGGACGUGAAAGGCUUUGGGCACACGUUCCCCGAUGAGUAUACCACGUGGGAUGGCGACGUCAGAAGAUCAACCUCGCACCAGCGAAUUAUGAUGUAUCGAUUCGCUGGUCUUGAUAUGAUGGUUCGGUUCGAAGGAGAUGGUUUCAUUGAGUCACCGGGGCUGAAGCAGUCUAAAACACCGACGAUUCCGAGACCCACCGACAACAAUGACGUUCUACCGGAUCUUUCGGCUAUGGGGAUUGGAAGACCGGUCCUGGGACCUAGAACUGAGAAAUCCGGGCUCAAGGUCGUCGAAGGGGGUCAAACUGUGUCCCAGGCGGCAGUAUUUGAGCUCAAGACACGAUCAGUCAGGGCUCGGGACAAAGACACUCUCGGAGAGCAACUCCACCGUCUAUGGGUUUCUCGGGUUGAACAAUUUGUCCUCGCAUACCAUGAGAGAGGAGUCUUCAAUGACAUUCAGAUCACGAAUGUUAAAGGGCAAGUCAAAGAGUGGGAAGACACCAAUCAGUCAUCGUUGAGGCGUCUCGCAGCGCUUCUUCAUCUCAUCAUGGACCACGCACGGGAGACUCCGGAUGGAAAACUCGACAUCGUUUACUCCAGUGGGGAUUCACUGGAAAUACGCAAGCAGGUUGGAGAAGACGCCAUGCUAUCAAGUUCUGUCCAGGCAGAAUGGGCAACAUGGCUGGGACAGGCGACACCGAUGGAGCCGCACUCCAGUGCCGGCUCGUCCCCAGGAAGCAGCCCCAGCGCCCGAUUUGACAUGGAUAACUACAAUUUUUAUGACACCUAUGACGACACGUACGAUAGCGACGAGUUUAAGGAUUUCACGGCCUGUGACAAGGAGUGCGGUUAUUGUGGGAAGUGUGAAUAUUGA